AUGGGAAAGGUAGAUGCUACAGUUUUCAUUAAGCGUCAAGGAAAGCAUACUCUUCUAGUUCAAGUUUAUGUCGAUGAUAUCAUUUUUGGAUCCACAAUCAUGCAACUUGUCAAGGAGUUUUCUAAGCUUAUGCAGAGUGAGUUUGAGAUAUUUUCUAUGGAAGAUGCAAAGUUGAUUGGCACUCCAAUGCCUACAAAUGAAAACUUGAAAAAGAAUGAAAAUGGUAAGGAUGUUGAUGUGAAGAAGUCUAAAGGUAUGAUUGGUUCUCUUAUAUAUCUCAAUGCAUCUAGGCCGGAUAUUAUGUUUAGUGUGUGUAUGUUCACUCGUUAUCAAUUGGCUCCCAAGGAAUAUCAUUUAAAAGUCGUAAAACGCAUUCUUAGGUAUCUUCAUGGUACUUCUAAUUAUGGGAUUUGGUACUCUAAGGGAAGCGAUUGUAAUUUGGUUGGUUAUACUGAUUCCAAUUUUACCGGUUUCAAAUCGGAUAGGAAGAGUACUAGUGGAACAUGCCACAUGUUUUCAAAAUCCUUAGUAAGUUGGCAUAGCGAGAAAUAA